GCUGCGGCUUAAUUGGCGCUGACAUGCACGCGCCGCGGCUCGGCCUCAGUCCCCGGAUGGUGAGGGAGCGCUGCGGGAAACAUGGACGUGCUGACCGACGAGCGAGUUCGCAAGUUCAGAGACGAAGGGUACCUGGUUCUGGAGGAGUUCUUGGACUCCAAGGAGUGCGAUGCCCUCAGAGCAAGGAUGAAGGAAAUUGUGGAGAACAUGGAUGUACCAGCACAUUGCCGAAUCCAGUUCUCCACUGAGCAUGAAGAGCAGCUGAAGGCACAGGGAAGUGCUGAUUAUUUUAUCACCAGUGGAGACAAGAUACGCUUUUUCUUUGAAAAGGGAGUUUUUGAUGACAAAGGAGAAUUUAUUGUGCCAAGAGAACAAUCUCUGAAUAAAGUCGGACAUGCCCUUCAUGCAUAUGAGCCACUGUACAAAAGUGUCACCCAUUCCCCAAAGGUUCAGAACAUGGUUAAGCAGCUUGGGUUGAAGAAACCUGUGAUUGUGCAGAGCAUGUAUAUAUUCAAGCAACCUGGAAUUGGAGGAGAAGUCACUCCACACCAGGAUGCCACCUUCCUGUAUACAGAGCCUCUGGGACGAGUGAUAGGUGUGUGGAUUGCCCUGGAGGAUGCCACGCUGGACAAUGGAUGCCUGUGGUUUAUCCCUGGUUCCCACAAAAGCGGAAUCACCCGACGGAUGGUACGUACCUCAAAAGAGACCUACCCCCUCACAGACUUCAUAGGAAGGGAGCAGAACCAUGAUGAGAAGCUAUUUGUUCCUGCACCUGUCAAGAAAGGAGGACUGGUUCUGAUCCAUGGGGAGGUGGUCCACCGAAGUGCCCAAAAUACCUCGGACCACUCCCGACAGGUGUACACCUUCCACAUCAUGGAGUCUCAGGACACGCACUGGAGCCCUGAGAACUGGUUACAGCCCACAGCAGAACUACCUUUUCCUUCUCUCUACACUUAAAGUGGAGUGGAAUUAAAGUUCAUGCACUACAGGCAACCUUCUUUAUAAAGCAUUUUGAUGGACCAAAAAUUUGCAAUUCUUUGACUUAAAGAUGUUGAAUUUAUUGUGCUCUUCAGAUGGUUUUAUUAGAUACAAAAAUCAUUACACAUCAAGGAAAAUGCAAGUUUUGCAUAAGAGUUAUAUGGAUUGUAAUCAAACAACAAUGAAUUUUAAUAAAGCUUUAAAUGUUUUUAUGCUAGCUGGAUGUCAACUAAUCAUGCUAUACGUGUGGGCUGAACAGAGAUCAAACAAAUGUCUAUUGGACAUGUUCAGCUCAGGACAGGACUUAUAUUCAAGAGAUUCUGUUGAAUUCUUCUGGAACAAGAAGGAACAGAAGCACAAGAUCAGAUUUUGAAAAUCCCUUUUACUGUUUUAUCAUUAAUCACAUUCCUUUAAUGCUUAAUGUAAUGUCAAAAGAAAAGAGAUCAUUACAAAAAAGCACAUGCAAUACAAAAUGGAAAUUGGGGUUACUACAUAUUCACAGCCACUGUUGAAAUUCAUAACAUUUUAACCUGAACAUAAUGAAAUACGAAGCAUAGCUUAGUAUUUACAAAGCUGUAUUUGAAUAUGAAAAUGCUACACUGCAUUUUGUCAGAAUCCAGCUCCACACCAGUUUUUUUUUUUUUGAUUACUCAUAGCUUAUGUCAGAGGAGUGCAAUUAAUAAAGUAGUACUCCUUUGAUCCAUUACACAUAUACUCUUCAUGUCUACUCCUUGGUCCUGACACCGUGGAUCUCAUUUUGAAAACUUCACAAGGUUCCUUUACUUUUAUGCCAUAUAACUCGCAGUGGAAUUCACUAGAGAUAUAAGAAAGGCUAGCUGUAUUUGUGAACCCAUAACCUUCUGUUAGCUGUAACAAAGGCUUGAAGUGGGAACUCAAAACUACUGUUUGUUGGUUCCCUGGUCAGAAAGGGGAGUUGUGGAGGAUCUCAUGUAUCAGUGAGUGGAGUACUACAGUUUAUUUUCUGCCACCACAUAGUCACCCUGACUUAUGCCACUUCUGCAGAUCAUCUCUACAUCAUAUAUUAAAAAAUGUCAAUUGCUUUUAUGCUAUUUAUACAGUGUAUUUAAAUAUACUGUUGCUUUUCAAAUGGUAUAUUCUAAUUGCAUUUAUUGUGUGGUUUUACAGACAACUGUCGGUAAGUUUGUCAACCAAGUUUAAAUCAGGACCAAUACCGGAAAUAUUUCCCCAGAUCAUAGAAAGCAGAAUGCUGAGCACAGUAUAAAAUAAACACUACAUAAAAACUAUCUUCAUGUACAUUUUGACAUUUGAGAUUUGUUGUAGAAUUAAUAAAGACCAAUACACAACCACUAACAAACUUGUUCAACUGGUUUAGAAACACUUGGACAUUGACAACACCCAGUUAUCCAUGCAGCUAUUGUUAAAAUUAGGUAAUUCUAUUUUUAUUCCAUGGAUGAUCUGCAAAACUGAUAUCAGGCAAAUGCAAAACACAAUUCGUGGUUCAGAUUUGCAUUGAAAAAGGGAUAUGAUGCAUACUGAUGUAGAUGACUGUUUUUCUGCUCUGUGUUAAAUUACUGACAGUCAAGUAGCAUGUAUUAUAAUAUUGGGACUGUGCAAACAGAAGUCAGCAAGAGCUGAGUGAGAGCGAUCAUACAUGGUAUAGUGUUGAAGAAAAUCUGAGGUGCCCUUAAUCACAUAAUAAAAGAGGAAACAAGUGAUCAAGAAACACUUCCAAGUCAAAGGUAUAAAUAAGUUAAAUAUAAAAAUAUGCUGGUUUGAUUACGUGCUGAGAAAAAUCACAUAAUGGUGCUAGCUUUAAAAUUAAGUUACUUCAGUCUUGACUUUUAAAUUAUUCUUCGGUAGAUUCUCACAUUUAACUGUACUUCCAAUGAAGAGCGACAAUCACAGAUGCACGACGCUGCAUGGACCGUAUUGUUCGGCGUAUAUUUCCACCUAGUGGACACUCAUGUUCACUAUUCAAUAUUGGCCAAGGUGCAGCGGGUCACCUUGCAAUACAGUUUAUUUACAGUGCACUUUAUUCUUAUGAGGUGCUCUAUUCUGAAAACACACUCAAAACCCCCAUUCACGUGGUUACAAAUAUUGUAAUAACAACCACAAACACAUACUUGCAUCACAAAGUAAUCGGUUCAACUAAAACAGGAACAAAAAUAAGCACCGAUUAAAUACAUCAAUAAGUACAAUCAUUAACAAUGCACUUUAUGAUGAGGAAGCAACCACCCAGCAACGGUUGAGUGGAAAACAAAAGCUCUAGAUUAGUGUGAAACUGGAGAAAAUAAACUGCAGGAGGUCUCGGUCCACGAACAGGAGGGUCUUCCUACUUGGUCGCCUUGUUCUACCACAAAACACUUAAUUCAGUCUGGAGCCCCAGAGCAGGGGGCAUUUCAUCAUAUACUCAAGUGACAAAAAACAGGUUUCUAUACUUCUUAAAGUAUCUAUUGUGACUGGUAUCUUUGAAGAAAAUUUUACAUUUCUGCUGUUGGCUCCUGCUCCUGUGUGUCAUUUAUUGUUCUACAGUGUACUAAAAACUCUCAACACAGUAAGUUCACAAACAAAAGAUAAUGUUGUUAAAUCCAUGAUUGAUAAAUGUACCGCAAAAUUUAAAUGUAUCACUGUAAACAUCUAAAUUGAAAAUUUUGGUAUUUUAUUUUAAACAAAGUUUUGAGUAUGGAUUAGUGAAGUCUGGAGCAAUACACUUGGAUCACGUAAUUUAUUAAUUUUGAUAGCUCUGCCGUGUGCAGUUUCUCUGCAGGAUGGACUUCAUGGUCUAUAUUAGCAUCAUUGAGCAGCGAGCUCUUGCAACAUGUCCUUCUCAUCAGAAAUUAACAAAGGAGAAUCAUUAACUGAAGUUUGUCCAAACCUACAAUUAGGUUAAAGGCCUAAACAAAAGUUCUGCAAAUGUUUCUCUCCAGGCUUUAACCUUUGAGAUGUAUCAGAGUUCUAUAACGCUGGCUCCUAAAAGCCAUCCAGGCCAAAAAUGCUGAUCUUCAAACUACAUGGCAAAAUUCAAUCCCCUUUAAAUAAUUCAGUCUGGGGUUUCUGACUGCUACAGAAACACCUGCCAUUUUCUUCCUAGCAAUAUCAGUUUCAGCAAAAAAAGUAAAAAAGAUCUAGUGUCAGAUAAAAAUAAAACCCUGAGGUUAAAAUUAAGUGUAACUUAUAAUGCAAUCUCUGUUCCAUAACUUUCUUAAAGGCAGUCCCUGUAAUAAUACAUGAAUCAUGAUGGCCUUAUGAUUAUAAAAUGCAAAGUGACACUUAAGUACAAAAUGUACUGAUGUCUCUGCAAAGUUAAUGCAGCAAUGAACUUUGUCUACAUGAUGCAUUUUCUAAAAUAGGACUAUUCACUUAAAUGUAGUGCCACCCAUAUGAAAAACAGGUCUGUUUUAAAAUGCCUAACGAUGCAUAAUUCUCUGGGCAAGACAUAACCGAAACAAAUAUUAUUGGGAAGAAGGCAUACAAUUCCAGAUUACCUUUUCAAA